AUGUCGUCGCCGGCGCGCGCGCCCGCGGUCCCCGCCGGCGCGGGGACCCUGAUCCCGGGACCGGGUCCCUCGCGGCAGCGCUCCCUCAAGGACCGCCUCCGCGACGGAAUCACCGGGCCCUUCCAUUGGCAGAUGUUUAGGCGACAACAGCUUGCAAUGGCGGGCAACGGGGCGGGGUCGGAGGAGGGGGAGAAGGGAGGGGGGGUCCCUAUUGUUUCCUUUGUCAUUGUGCCCGUAAACGUGGACCGUAAUCAAGCAGACGUACGACGGUGUAAUAGUUCUUACAUAAGAACGCACCUCCCCGUGCCU